AUGUUUAAAUUCUUCGCUUUGUGUUUCUUGGCCAUCUUCGCCAUUGCAGCUGCUAAACCAGCUGUGGUUGCACCAUUGGCAUACUCUGCUCCUUAUGUCGCUGCUGCACCAUACACUGCUGCUUACACCGCCGCCUACGCUUCACCCUAUUACUCCAACUAUGUAGCUGCUUCUCCCUAUGCUGCCGCUUAUAGUGCAUAUCCUUACAGUGCUUCAUACUUGUUGCGUUAAGUUGACUGGAAGAAAACUUAAAAGGAUUUAAUUUUGUGAAACACUAAAGGCUACG